AUAAUAAUUUUACAUUUACUUUAUUUAAAAUGCAAUAGUAUAAUAUAUUCUAAUAUAAGAACAAAAUUAAUAAUAAUAGAUGUUAAAUUUCCCAAAUCUGUAAUUAUCCUAAUUUAUUUACACAAUAUAUGUUCAUUUCAAUUUCUUAUUUAAAAAGAAAAAAAAAAAGGAGCCUUUUGCCGUCUCAUGUAUGAGAGAAAUGCCUCGCAUUCUUAGGAAAGCCAGUGAUACAGUGACCCCGUUGAUUGUCAAGCAUUGGAUGAAUUCAAGUUCGAUUGUUGGUCGCAGUACCAAAAUUCACCAACCAAUGUUUCGACCUUCAUUGCCUUACCCAACUCGAAUCCGAUCAGUCCAUUCUUCUUCGUUUUCUUCAUCUAGGUCACAUCUGGAUUCUGAUAAUCUCAACAUACUCAACCACAAAGACUGGCUGUCUCCAAAUGAGGUUUUGAAGAUUUUCCAAACCCUAAAAGACCCCAACUCAGUGAUCACUGUAUUGAACCAACUCUCAAAGCGCAAGGACUAUAAACCCAACGAAGCUCUUUACACUACAGUGAUCAGCAAGCUUGCACUGGCCAAGAAUUUUGAUGGCAUUGAGGAUGUCAUGAAGAGAAUCAAAACUGAAAAAAGUUGCAGACUUUCCGAUGAUUUUUUCUAUAAUGUGAUCAAGAUUUAUGGCCAUGUUGCAGGUCGUAUAAACAGAGCAAUCGAGACCCUUUUCGAUAUGCCCAACUAUAACUGUUGGCCUACGGUGAAAACAUUUAAUUUCGUGUUGAAUUUGCUUGUAAACUCGAAGCAAUUUGAUAUUAUUCAUGAAGUUUAUAUGGGUGCUUCUCGAUUGGGCGUUGAGAUUGAUGCUUGUUGUUUGAAUAUCAUCAUUAAAGGGUUGUGUGGAUGUGGGGAUCUAAAUGCUGCAUUCUACGUGCUCGAUGAAUUUCCUAAACAGGGUUGUAGGCCAAAUGAAAGAACAUACUCAACGCUAAUGCAUGGGCUGUGUGGCCGUGGUCGGAUUGAAGAAGCAUUUGGAUUGUUUGAGAGGAUGGAGAGGGAGGGUAUAGAACCAGAUACGAUCACAUUUAACAUAUUGAUUUCGGGACUUAGGAAACAAGGGAGAGUGGAAGAGGGCAUUAAGCUUUUGGAUAGGAUGAGGCUUAAAGGGUGUAACCCAAAUCCAGGAACAUAUCAGGAGGUCUUGUAUGGUUUGCUUGGUACCAAGAAGUUCGUCGAAGCAAAGGAAUUCAUGGGUCGGAUGAUUUCUCAGGGUGUUAGUCCUAGUUUUGAGUCUUACAAGUUGAUGAUACAUGGGCUGUGUAAGCAAAAUCUACUGGAAGAUGUUGAUUGGGUACUGAAGCAACUGGUGUGGCAUGGUUUUGUACCCAAGAUGGGAAUGUGGAGGCAGAUUGUUCAGUGCGCGUUCUCAAAGAAGAGCAGUUAUAACAGUAUUUCUUUUGAAAAAUAUGUUAAGAACUAGCCUGUUUUAAACAUUUAAUCGUUGAACUGUGCUGUGGUCCAUGACAUAAUUGGGAAGCACAAUUUAUGGAUCAACAUUGAACUCACCCUUUGAUCAAUUUACAAAACCAGAAGACGCAGAGAAUUUGUUUGACUAAAAUGAACAGGACUCCAUCACAACUUUUACAUGAUUUGACCGAGCAGUUUCCAUCAGCCUUGCUAAAGGAGUCCAGUGAUGCCCUAGUCUGGACUCUGGAGAAUGCAUGCCAAGAUGUGCCAAGUUUCUACAGGCUACAGAAUUUUGUUUGCUCUCCUCUUUAAACAUCAUCUAGCUUGCUUCAAUUUAGGCACAACACUUGCAUCAACCACAACUCAUGUCAGAUUUUGAUGUCAUUUUACCUGAGGUGCACCCGCAGGCUACAGCAUAUGGAAACAGAAUAAUUUGAUCUUUUACUCCCAAGAAGGAUCGCAAUCUGCACAAGGGCUAGUCAAAGAAUGCUUCAAGUUUUGUAUCUGCUUUGAGGGAGGCUACAUAUUCAUCUAAAGAAUCAGCAGGAGAGACUUUAAUACAAGAUCCAUCAAAUCAAUUAGCUUGUUAAAUAUCAGAUGAACGAACUAUGCUUUUGUUACGUUCAGGGCAGUAUGGUUCCAGAUGAAUGGACAUGAGAGGGACUCAUAGAGAAAGGAGUGUGAGCUCUCUCUAUCUCAGGAAUGUGGCCAACACUCAUCUAUGUUACAAUUAUUUGAGCUUCACAAUGUUUUCAUUAAGUUUGAAUGAUUUGUGGGCUCUGCAACAAAUAUUCUGUAUUAUCAGCAAAAUGUUAAUGAUGUAGGUGCUAAUUGAAUCAAAUUAUUUCAUAGGAUAUAAAAGAUGAAGGGUUGCGUGUUUUAUUCUACUA